AUGACAUCAUUCGGAGGAGAUAGUGAGUCACUUCAAUUAACGUUGUGGGAGCCAUUACGCUUUUGUAGUGAGGUUGAGGAGCAAACGCGUAAUGAGCAAACGCGUAAUGAGCAAACGCGUAAUGAGCAAACGCGUAAUGAGCAAACGCGUAAUGAUGAGGAAAACCAGCCGCCAAUGCAACCGCUGAGUAUGUAUUUUAGUCCAAAUCAGUACAACAAGGCAAUAAAGUUAGGUACUCAGUGUUGGAUCCACAAAGCAGUGAAGAAUCUGGAGUCACCGUCACUGGGACUGAGACCCGAGGAGCUAAGAUGGUUUAGCGAACAUCUUCAAUUCAAGCACUUCUGGCAUAUGCACAAAGCCAUGUAUUUGGAUACAACCCAUAAGACUCAGGGGUUGUGGAUGCUACUGCUUUACACAGCAAAGACAAACAAGAGGAGAGAGUGUUGGUUUGUUGUUAAUGGAGUUCCAAUUCGGUAUUCGCUUAAGGAACAUGCACUCAUAUCUGGAUUAGACUGCCAUGAUUGUCCAAAGAAUUAUGAGAAAAUGGGCAGUAGUGUUUUACGGAGAACAAGCGUGUUAGGUGGUAAGGCUAAGACUGGGAAGGGAGCUCCCUCGGUAGACCCUUUAUUCUUGAGGAUGGUAGAAGAUCUCGAUGCGUGUAGAACAUUUCCUUGGGGGAAGUAUUCAUUUGAUGCGAAUCUAAAGGAAAUUGAACAUACAUUGAGGCACUUCAAUGGGGUCGUCGAAACCGAUUCUUGGACAUUUCCUGGCUUUGUUAUUCCCUUGGAGUUGCUACCUUUUGAAGCAGUACCUUGUCUGAAGGACACAUACAGAGAAAAAGCUAAAGGAGCAGACAUAGAGUGUCCUCAGAUGUGUAAGACAAAGUUCAGACCAUUCACUCUCAAAGGAUUUCCUCUGUCGGACCUCUACGAAACACUCGGUAAUACCAAAGAUAUCCAGAGUAUCUUGGAACCAUCUGCUGAUGAGGAAGAUAUGUUAGCUGGUAUCAUGGAAAGGUAUGAAGACCCAGAUAACAAUGAUACAAUUCCUGAUACUUGGACGAGUCGUAUAAUUGAUGAUGGGAAGCCGAUAUUCUGGAAGGAUAUGAGCUUGGAGGAUGUAAAAAACCGAGUUGAACCAGCGAAGAAUGCCUCCUCUAAAUCUCCAGCGCCGAGUGGGAUUGUGGACCAGAUUCAAGGGUUGAAGAAGAGUAUGGAUGAGCAGUUCCAACUAAUGAGAGACCAAAUCAAUGACAUGGAUAUUAGAUUGAAGUCCGUUGAAUCUUAUGUGAAAGAGGCAAUUCGAAGUGAAUGUCUUGGAGAAGAGAAGGAAGGAGAAGAACAAGGUGAUGAAGGAGAAGAACAAGUUGGAGGAGAGGUUGCAAAGAAGGAAAAGAAGAAGACGAAGACGAAGGCAGCGGUUGUCAGAAAGUAUUUGACCAGACAACUGUCUGGAAUUCAGGAACAAUCUGGUGUUUCAGUCGAGGAAGGGGAGGUGCAGCAUGAGAAGAAGAAGAAGAAGAGUAGGAAUUAA